AGGGAUAAAAGUCGAGCAGACAAGGUCCUGAGCUGAUAAAAGUAGCGCAGUUUUGAUCACUACAUUUCAACAUAAACGUAUUAAUAACCGCUCCUGUCGUUCGGGAUUGCGGAAACUUUCUAUUCUCCAUGACAUUUUAUUGAUCGUUUAUUCGCCACAUAGGUGUUUAGAACUUCAGAAGUUCAGCGUCGUGCGUCGUGAGUUUAUCCAGGAAUUGAGCUGGUGUUGCUGCUAUAGCGAGUUGCGACGUCAAAGGUAUCGACAAUAUUUGGCACUCAGACAACAUGAACGACUCCUUGAAUGAAGCACUACUCAGCUGUGGUGUGAACACUACUUCACCUUGCACCAACAUCUUUGUUAGCGACACUCCUGAUACUUGUGGUCAGUUCCUGACGUCUGAGUUGCUCUGCCAGAAUCUCUUGGCCGGAAGACGAGUUAUGUAUGUCACUCUCCACAAUACGUUUGCUCUGAAUUGCAACAUUGCUGCUAAACGUAGCAUACAGCUCAUGAACUUUUAUAAAAAUGGUUACAUUAAAGUUAUUGAAGGUCAGAAGUUAAUGACAGAGGCUGCUGCCAAAGCCUUAGAAGGUCAAGACGUCUCCAAGCAUCCAUUCAAUUUCAUGUUCAACAGUAGUGAUGGCUCUCUGAAGAACCUGUUCUUGGCCAUUAAAUACUGUGUGAAUGAUUGGCGAUCAUCAAAUGAAAGUAUGGUUAUCUUGAUUGACAACCUUAGCACCCUGCUUUCCCUUGGCGUUUCCACAACUGAAAUUCGUAUAUUCAUUCAGUACUGUUAUUCUUUGUUGUAUCCCCUGAACUCUGAUCUUAAAACGCGCUUAGGCAACCUUAUUUUCGUCUCUUUAGAUGACCCAGCAGAUAAAGAAUUUCACUUAAUUGCAAAUUAUCUAUCGCAGUGCAGCGAUGUAACUCUGUCAGCUAGACCUUUGAGCACAGGAAGGACUAACGAAGUAGAUGGCAGUCUCCACGUUUGUUCUUCGCCACAGAACAAAAGGCAACAAGAGCCGUUCAAGAAAAUGUACCUAUAUAAAGUUAUGGAGAGAACGACAAAGCUAUUUGCCCCAGGGAUGACCGCCUCUGUUCUUUAAUUAUAGUCUGACUUAGUCGUUCUUGUUCAGUGUUAUUUUAUAUCUAUAAAAAUUUGUUGCGCAUUUCUUCUGUUGUGCUCCUGCACAUCAGUUUUCAUGGAUAUCUGUUUUCAACUCUACGGAAAUGAAUAAAAAAGUUGCAACCUG